AUGAAUUUAGAGGUUAUUGCGCAACUUAUUGCUUUGGCUUUAAUAGUUGGAUCAGGCCCUUUAGUAAUUGCUUUAUUGGCUGCACGUAAAGGCAAUUUAUAA